UUUUUUUUUCAUCUUAAGUUCUCGUAUGCCCAAUUCACCGGGUGGACCGGGCCGUCCACCUAACAACGGUUCUGGCCCCAUAAAAGUUACUUUACAUAAAAAUCGUAAAGACUCCGACGAAUGGUCUACUGCCAGUGCGAAACGUAGGUCUAAAAAACUGCCUACCAGCCCGGUUUCUCCGAAUCUACAAUAUCUACUUGAUAAUCAACCGCAACUACUCCCGGCAAACAUACAAUUUCAGUACAACACUAACGAGUCAGCCGAUAACAAUGAAACGAGUACCGCAUAUCUUAAUGAUGCCAUUACUCCAACGUCGAAUAGCAAUACUAAUACUAUGGACAUCGAUAAUGUAAUGAUCAACACUAGCGACCUUGAUAUACAUAACAAAAAUACGCCUAAUAAGGUAAACAUUGACUCUGAUACAGUACAAUCGUCCACCUUAAAAAAAAUUACUAACAACUCGAGUGAAGACUCUAACUUGAAAUCUUUCUCAAACAAUUUUAACGGGACCCCGAUAAUUCUGGUUGAAUCUACGGUUAGAGACCAAAAUAUAGGUAAAUUACACCCACUAAAAAUUGGGAAACUUUUCCACAACAAAUUCGGCGGCAUCAAACAAAUUACUCCCAUUGGCUCUAGAGUUAAAAUAUUAUUCGAUUCUAUUAAAUCGGCCAAUGCUUGCCUUAAUUCUAACCUUCUUACUGGUAUGAACUUAAAAGCUUCGAUACCAUCCACUUUAAUUUACUCUCACGGUAUCAUUCGCCUUGAAACCUCAACAACAGAGGAAGAGUUUUGGGAAGGCAUCGAAUCGCCGGUUCCUAUCAUUGGUUUUCGUCGCAUAGUCACCAAACGCGAUUCAAAUACUCCAACUCAAACUAAUUUAGUGGAGCUCAAGUUUCUCUCUUCUAAACUACCAGAAAAAUUAUUAAUAUUUAAAGUCAUUUUCACCGUUUCUCCAAGUAUCCGUUCGCCUGUGAUCUGUAACAAGUGUCUUCGCUACGGUCACACAGCCAAGUUCUGUAGAAGUAAGGCACGUUGUGCUCGUUGUGGUGCUAACGAUCAUAUCGGCUCCGAUUGUCCUAAUAAAGACAUCUCCACCCUAUCAUGCGUUCACUGCAAAGGUUCCCAUGAGGCUACAGAUCGCGCAUGUCCUGAAUGGUCCCGUCAGAAGGAAAUUAAAAAAAUCAUGGCUGUUGAAAACAUUUCAUACAACGAUGCCACCUUUAUACUUAAGAACAACAUUGUUAAUAAAACUAAAACUUAUUCGGAUAGUCUCUCUAACAAUGUAAACACUAUUAACAACUCCAGUGCUUCUCAAAAUCCUAUUUCCUUAGAGUCCUUUCCUAGCCUGUCACAGCCUUACACCCAAAAAAAUAAAAAUAAGUAUCUCCAUUAUAAAAACAACUCUCAACCUGUCAUUCCGCAUUCUGUUGCUAAUAAAAGCAACGACUGGUCCUCUCCCAAUGGCUCAUUUCUCGAAUACAUGUCUUCUAACACCUAUGCUCAACCCGCUGAGAAAUCCUGGAUCACUUCUUUGGCUAAUCAGCUCUCCUCUGCUGUAUUUAACACCCCCUCUACACUAUCAUCUCCUUCUACCCUUAAUCAACUAAUUGAGUCUCAUAUCCUUAAUUUUCUCUCAUCAUCAUCAAGGGACAGUGUACAGUAACCCUAUUACCCCAUUAUAUUAUAAUUCUCAUUACUUUUGAUUUUAUUAUGUAUUUACUUUUCUUAUUCAUUUUUUUUAUUUUUUUG